UCGGAGGCGGAUCGAAAUUACCCAGAUAAAAUCCAUUGGAAUGCCAACAAAUCCGCGACCCACGACCAACGGGAAUACUCCGGAGGAUUGGCAGGUAUUCGAGGUUUUAUUCGGUGCCGAAAAUGGCACGAAAGUCAGUCCGGAAAGGAUGACCACAAUGUCACCUUUGAGACAACCACAUCCAUCUUACAUUAACCAGCUGGACUCGUCCUGUGGCAAUGCGGGAAUCACGGUCACUGAACAUCAUCAUGGACUGGACAUGACUACCACCUUGCGCAGCGAAUUGGCUGCGUUGUCCUACAAAAAGGAGCGACUUACGGGUGAACUUUCUGAAACCCGUACUGCAUUGUGCAGCAAAGAAGCGGAUAUCGAAAACCUGCGAGCCCAGGCUGCUCGGCAGACUGCUCUUAUUGGUUCCCUCCAGAGUCGCUUGCAAAAUUCGGAGAGCAGGGAGCAGUCCGUCCAGGCCAGAUGUGAUUCCACCAUUCAGACAGUGCAGCGGGAGAAGCGGAGUUCCGAUGAGCGAAACAAGGAGUUGAUCUGCAAGAUUCAGCACCUGGAAACUCAUGUGGCCAGCGAGGAAUCCCAAAAGGAUCAGGCCAAGGCUCAGCUGCACGAUCUCCUGCGACGCCUGAGCAUCAGUUUGGGAAUGGAUGUGUGUGAUGGCAAUCAGAAUUCCCAUGCCACACCCGAGUGCAUCGUUUCCCGAGCCGAAGAGGUAAUGGUGGAACUGCAAAGGACCAAAGCCAAGGUCAGUUCCACCUGCGACACCCUCAGCUCCUGCGAGAAUGAGCUGCUAAAUAUGAAAUCGCUGGCCAAUAUCGAGAAGCAACGACUAACUGCCCAACUCGAUGGAGCUGGAAAUCAUAAUCACGAACUCGAAGGACGUUGUCGGCAGUACGAAAGGGAUCUUCAGAUUCAGAGGGAUCGCCUAACCGAAUCGGAGAUCAAUGGGGAGAAACUCAAGGAGGAAUUGCGUGGCUUCGAAUCGCGUUGUCAUCGCCUGCAGAAUAAUCUAGACCGGACUCAGGGCGAUCGUCUGCAGUUCUUGAGAGGACUAAGCAAUCUCUUGAAUGUUCCCGAACCCUGCGAAACGCUCAUCAAGGACAAGUUGAGGGAGACUCUUGCGGAAAAUCAGGCCAUGCAUGCGCAAAUGCAUUCUCUGCGGGAUCAAUUGACCACGGAGCACGAAAAGCUAAAGGAAACCCAGCAGACCACCGAGUGUCGCCUGCGUUCUGGAGAGGCCCAAAAAUGUGAACUAACUGAACGGCUGGAGAAGUGCCACGCCGAGAUUCAUACGUUGCGCAAGGAUCACAUGGGUCUGUCGGAAUUCCUGCAACGCCUGGCCAAUGCGAUGAACUGGAGUGAGUGCUCUGCACCACCAGCACUGGGAACCGAUACCAAUUUGAUGGCGGAGAAUCUUCUAGAAAGAGCCGAGAGACUCACUGCUCAUUGCGAGCACGAAGUGUCCCAUCAUCAUCAUCAUCACAGCCCGGAGAAGGGUUGCUGUGAUCACGGACAUGGACAUGGCCAUGGUCAUGGGAAACUGCGUAGGGAGAGAUCCUGUCAUGACAUUCCCUUGAAGGAAAGCAGCAGUGUGUACAACCUACAGAGACGAGUGCGCGUUCUCAGGGAGCAAGUGCAGCGUAGGGAUCUCCACUUGGAGCUACUGCGUCGCAAGUUGGCCAUAAUUGAGGAUGGUGCUCGAGGAAAGUGCAUGUUGCAAGGAGAGCGGGAUGAGGCUGUUUGCCGGGCCAAAAAAGCGGCCAAGCAGGUGGACAAACUGAGUGCCCAGCUGGCCGAUGCUAGAUCCCAGAUAGCAGAGGUCAAGGCCCAGUUGGCCGAGGCAGUGGAGUACAAGAUCACCUCGCUGGAACGGGCCAGGAAGAUCGAUGAGCUGACCACCCAGAUGUGCGAUUUGGAGGACGAAAAGACCCGGCUAUUGUCCCAACUCAGUGCCUUGAAGGAGCGCCUCAAGUCGUCCUGUGAGUCCAAUCAGAAUCGUAGAUGUCGCGAUGAGGCAUUAAUAAAUUCAAUGCGCGAUGAUGUGAAUCGUCUGAGCUCACAACUUUCGGAUGCCAAUCAGCGCUUGUCCCACUUGCAAUCCUUCCGAACUUCGGUUGCCAGGACACUGCAUCUGCGAGAUCUGCCGGAAACCGAUCUACUGCAUCGCCUUCAGGCCUUGUGCUCGGCCCAUCAGGAGUUCACAAUGCUCUCGAAACGCUACGAGACAGCUUCGCCAGUUGGCGAUCAUCCAUGUCCUCGUUACGACGAUCCCAUACCACCUUCCGCCCACUGUCGCCCUCCCAGGGAGCUCAGUCCGCCUCCACCCACUUCCUUCCACCACAAGGCAACACUCCACUCCGGCAGCAGCCAUCACCCACCGUCCGAGCAUCACCAUGGCUCCAGCAGCCAUGUCCACAAUCAUCACGGACAUGGACAUGGACAUGGUCACGGAUUACAUUCGAGACGCCAGCGCAGCAAGAGUCGGGACAAACGGCUCCACGACGAGUGCUUCGACACGGAUGUGCAUCGAUUGCAUCACGGCUGCAAGGAGGAGCUGCUGGCCACCGGAUCCGAGGAUGACUACGACUUCAAGAGCAAAUACUGCUAGAGCAUUACACCCUUUACAUGCAUUUGUA